GCUCUCGGCUCGGCUGCGUGCUCGCGCUCCGUUUGUGGUCGGUUCCGUGCGAAGCUCGGUGAUUCGGUGCUGCCUCUCAUCAUCAACAUCAUCAUCAUGAGCUCGGCCGGCGGCGGAGAGUUCGGGAACCCCCUGCGGAAAUUCAAGCUGGUGUUCCUGGGGGAGCAAAGCGUUGGGAAAACCUCUCUCAUCACCCGAUUCAUGUAUGACAGCUUUGACAACACAUACCAGGCUACAAUUGGAAUAGACUUCCUCUCGAAGACAAUGUAUCUGGAGGACCGCACGCAGGUGCGACUGCAGCUCUGGGACACAGCCGGACAGGAGAGAUUCCGCAGUUUGAUCCCUAGCUACAUCCGUGAUUCCACCAUUGCAGUAGUGGUGUAUGAUAUCACAAAUCUAAACUCAUUCCAGCAGACAUCCAAAUGGAUAGAUGAUGUGCGGACAGAGCGGGGAAGUGAUGUCAUUAUCAUGCUUGUGGGGAAUAAAACCGAUCUGGCAGAUAAAAGACAAAUCACUACUGAAGAAGGGGAACAAAGAGCCAAGGAGCUGAGUGUUAUGUUCAUUGAAACUAGCGCAAAGACAGGUUACAACGUAAAGCAGCUCUUCCGUCGUGUAGCUGCUGCUCUGCCUGGGAUGGACAGUACACCAGAGAAGAGCAAAGAGGAUAUGAUUGAUAUCAAGCUAGAGAAGCCACCUGAGCAGCCUGUAACGGAGAGCGGCUGCUCUUGCUAACAUCCUUGGGAUUCCCAUGGUAUGCCUCGGAGAUCCUGACUGCUGUCCCAAUGCAUCAGAAAGGAAAGCAAAGCGUCUCUAUUUAUCUCUUAGAUUCCCAGUGUGUGGAUGCAGUGUGUGCUCCAUCAUCUAAUAAGGGGAGAGGGUGGCACAGUGACUAAACACAGCCUCCCUCGCCUCACUCAAACUGCAUGGUGUCGUGUACGGUUGGAGAAUAAGAAUUUUACGUUUGUAUAGUUUUUAUUUCUUGCACUGUGGGCGCUCAAAUUGGUGCCCUUUCAAUUCUCUCAAUGUGACAAACUUUAUUGAAAAGUUGUGCUGACAUGUUCUCGUUUGUUACUGUGAAUGCACCAGGAUGCAGCCAUGUUUGCAGGAAGCUGAAACUCUGCUUGUUCAGGUUAACACUUUCCCUCCAAGAAUGUUGAUGUGAAGUGGGAAGCACUCACGCCAAGAAUUUAGAUGCAGGGCUCUAACUAUGAAGGAGUUAAGAUUUCUGCCAAAAUCCCUUUGUUUGUAAUAUUGUUCUAGUGCUUUAUUUUACCACUGACAGCACAAAUGUCAACACCCUCACCUACACCCAACCCCAUUAUUUAUAUUUUUCAUAAACUUUUUACAAAUAAUACCAGUCUUGUACUUAACAUGCUACUGCUUUUUGCACUUUCGCCCUAUCCAUGCACUCGGUUAUGUUGGGUAGUUUUGCAGCAAGAUACCUACCUACUGCAUAUGUUCUAUGUAUGUGGCGCACACCACUCUCAAAAGGCAGUGGUUAAACAAGCUUGUUAUUCAAGCCACAUGAAAGAUAAUGAUCCAGGCCUUCUUUCCAUAAUGCCUAUAACUAUUGAAUAGGGUAAGUAGUAGCAAACAUCCUAUCCUAUUUUUACUCGGUAUUCCUUUGUCUAAUUGCUUAAGCCUACUUGUGGAGUUUCAAAUUUUAGAAGCAAUAUGUUGUUUCUACAGCUUUGGAGUUGGAAAAAGUUUAAAAUUAAGUUGAUAUGAAUCUUUAUUGGCCAUGCCUUUUCAGAAUGACUGUCGGGUACACAAUGGCAUUUUUAUCUGAAGCGCCACAACUGUAUUGGUGUGCCUGCUGAUAGCAUGAUGUCAUUUUUUUAUUUAUUUUUUUUAAAGGUGUGCAAAACAGGAAGAAAUAUGUGGGAAGAUCUGUGCAGUUCUGGAUGCUAUCUACUGUAUUUCUUCCUCUUAUUGUGUGGGCUGAUAAAAAGCAAACCUUUGAACUGAGCGAAUGACUCAUUCAAGGCUGUGCACACCUGUCUUCUACUCCUCCCUGUGCUCCUGUAUGCUCCUGUAUACUCCCUGUGCUCCUGUAUACUCCCUGUGCUGCAUCCUGGUAGUCACGUCACUGUUUCUUUGUAUACAGGGUGGGCCUUUACUCGAGGCCAGAGCCUCUGAUCAGUCAGUUGUAUCGUUAUUGCAAAUCUCUGGAUUGUAAAAGAAGAAAAAAAUAAAUAUUGAUAAUGGAUAAAUUAUAUAGUGAAAAUGUUCUCUCCACUUGAAUAAUCCUUGGAUGUCUUAUAUUGCGUAUCUACCCCAUAUUACCUCUUCAUAGCUGUUAUCUAAGUAGGUGUGAAUAUGACUAUCUACUAUAUGAACACAGCUGUGUCACUAAAUAAAAUCUUCUCCUAUCCA